UAUCAUGCUUCCGAGCCAACAAUCACCGUGUUCUUAGUUGCGACAAAAUACCUCUACAAUUCGGCGUAAUCAACAGAACGCUUUGAAGAUAUGAUUCAGGAGCGUCAGAUAACUCUUGAACUCUCAAUCUGUAAAAAAACCUGAACCCAUCCGUCCAACCCACCCAUUCGUCCCUGCACGCCACCGCGAUGGCCGACUCUGACGGCGAAUAUGUCGAGGACUUCUCGGACGACGACCUCGGAGGCAAUCGCGCUGAUACGGGUGGUGAUGCCAGCUCCUAUGGCACACGGUCCAAGGCCGGCCGCCGGGCUGGAAAGGCAGGCGACAGCCGCAAAGCGAAGGCCGGUCGCUCGAAGGCUGCUUGGGAAGACAUCAAGCGAUCCUGGGAGAAUGUGGUUGAGACAGAAGAUGGCAGUAUCACUAUUGAGGCUCUCAUUGAGGCCGAGAAGCGUCGACGGCUUAUGCGCGACACAACGCCGCUCCAGCGCGGCAUCAUCCGACAUUUGAUGCUGGUUCUCGACAUGAGCUUCGCCAUGGCCGAGAAAGACCUUUUACCAAACCGCUAUCUUUUGACGCUCAACUACGCCGUCGACUUUGUGCGCGAAUAUUUCGAACAGAACCCCAUCAGCCAAAUGGGAAUUGUCGGUAUGCGCGACGGCAUUGCCGUCAGGAUCAGCGACAUGGGCGGGAAUCCCACAGAGCACAUUGAGAAACUGAGGGCGUGGGCGGAGCAGCAGGAGCCGCAGGGAAAUCCAAGUCUCCAGAAUGCCCUGGAGAUGUGCCGCGGCGCAUUGUUCCACACUCCGUCCCACGGCACGCGCGAAGUCCUCAUCAUAUACGGCGCCCUCCUCUCCAGCGAUCCGGGCGACAUCCACGACACAAUAGCCAACCUCCUCACCGACCGCAUCCGCGUCUCGAUCGUGGGUCUCGCCGCCCAAGUAGCCAUCUGCGCCGAGCUCUGCAGCCGCACCAACGGCGGCGACCCCUCCUCGUACGCCAUCGCCCUCCACGAGCAGCACUUCCGCGAGCUCCUCCUCGCCGCCACCAUUCCACCCGUAACCCACGCAUUCCCCUCCUCCUCCUCCGAUGCCAAAGAAGCCAACAGCAACAGCAACAACGGCGGCAGUAGUAGUACCCAGGCCUCGCUCCUGAUGAUGGGCUUCCCCUCCCGCACGCUCGCCUCCAAGGACCACGUCAGCCUCUGCGCCUGCCACAACCGGCCCACCCGUGAGGGGUACGCCUGCACGCGCUGCCGUACCAAGGUCUGCCGCCUGCCGGCCGAGUGCCCCGUGUGCGGCCUGACGCUGGUGCUAAGCACGCACCUGGCGCGCUCCUACCACCACCUCUUCCCCCUGAAGGGGUGGGUCGAGGUGCCGUGGUCCGAGGCCGGCAAGUCGGCGGCGUGUUUUGCCUGCCUGGUGCCCUUUCCGGCUGUUCCGCGGGGGAAGAUGAUGGCCGGUAAGGGUAAGGCGGUGGCGGCGUCCGCUGCGGGAGAAAAGGGGGAUGGAAAAGGUGGUGGUGUGGGUGUGGGCGUUGACCCCGCCGUGGUGAUGCCCGAGAUCAAGACGGCUGGGGUGAGCGAGAGCGGGCGGUACGCUUGCACGGUGUGCGGUCACCACUUUUGCAUCGACUGCGAUGUGUAUGCCCACGAGAUCAUCCAUAACUGCCCUGGGUGUCAGAGCGACCCUAGGGUCAUUAAGGGGCAGCCGGAGGCGGAUGGAGAAGGGAUGAAUGGCCAGGGACAUCAAGAAAAGGGAACUGCAAACGAGGCGAUGGUUAUAGACUCAUAGGCUUGGCCCGGUGAAUUUUCAGUUUAUAUGAGUGCUUUUGUGGUUGGCUGCGGCGUUGGAUGGCGAGCAUGGCACGGUGCGGGAGCAUCCCUCAUGGACAAAUGUUGGAUAAGAGCAGGCUGCUUGGCUUUAAGCGAGAACGCAUCGCAAAACUUAAGAUGCUAAAAUACCGAAUCAGAUGCUAUCAUAGAUCUACAUCAUUGUCG